AUGGUAUUCACAGGCCCUCGUUGCAACCUAGGACAGGCCGGCGGUACAGUUCUCUCAACCUGCCUCUGUAUGCAUGCUGAAGAGAAUGCUUUGCUCGAGGCCGGUAGGCAAAGAAUCGGAGAAGGCUCAAUCCUUUAUUGUGACACCUGUCCGUGUCUGACUUGCAGUGUCAAAAUAGCCCAACUUGGCAUCUCGGAAGUCGUAUACUCCCAAGGAUAUCACAUGGACAACGAUUCGGCAGCGGUGUUGAAAGAAGCAGGAGUAAAACUUCGCCAGUUCUCGCCUCCAUGCAACCGGCUCAUCGACCUCAAAGGUUUGGAUAUAAAGAUCCCAAAGUCCGGACACUAA